CUAGUGAAAAUUGCUGUCAUUUCGUAUUGACGAUUAGCAGCUACUUUGAGAUCACUUUUGGAGGCAAGGCCCUUGAGGCUAUUUGCAAGAGUAUUUCUAAAUACUUUUUCGCUGCGCCGGAGGCGAUAGUCGCCUAGACAUGGCGCAACGAAGAAGGCGAUGGGUGAUUAGAGUAGCACUCACACAGGACAAGAGCGCGCAGCAAGGCAUUUCGUUGGGGGAACGCCAUGUUCAGCUCGCUUAUACUAUAAAUGUCCAAAGAAGCCUCCAGAAAGUGACGCGUCUAUAGAUGCGAGAGCUAAGCCAGGCCGAACGAUGCUCCUAUUAAUAGAUAGCCGCUAUGAAAUCGCCUGUAUCGUAUGAUGCAGAAGCAAGAUGACUCUUGAAGCGACUUGCGGCAGUGCUCUCAGUUUGAAGCUCAGGUGACACUAUGAGCAGCAGGAAAAUCUGUUGAAAUUGUUGACUACUCACGCGCCUGUGCACAAGUAAUGUAUGUGGUGGGCUGGGAUGGAAUUUGGAGUGAACCCAUUUGGGUGGUCACAACUCACAAUCACAGGGGCACACGCAUGUGCCCCGCAAUCGCCAAGUCGCCCUUCUUGAUCUUUCGAGGCGCGCACAUUGCAGCAGUUGUCGCUUGCAGUCGCCCAACUUUCAUCGCCAUGACAAGUUUCCCCAUCACCACCCAACAGAUGUUUGGAAGCGAAGAUGCCGAAUUGCUCGUUUGAGAGGUAACAAUGUUAAUGCCUGUCGCACACGCAACCUUCGAGCAGCCAGUCCGCAACCUUCAGUAGGCUCUGCACUCAUGGCGAACCACGAGCGCGCCACGUACAAACAAGUCCCAUUGCUGCGAAACAAGGCCUGCGAAUUUUCUUUCCCAAUAGGAGCUUCCCUAAGCAGGCGAAAAGGAGA